CUGCUGGCUGCUGGCUGCCACUUCUAGCGAUAUUUUCCUGUUUAGGUUGUUAAGAAAAGAGAAACUUAAGACCGCUUUGCUCUUCUUAUGAAUGUCGUAUGAGAUUUAUGUUUGUUACUUAGACUAUGUUAAGUAGAGAGGACACAAACAAACUGCCAUUACUUAAGAUAGAAUUCUGUUGGGUUGGGAUUGGGGCAAAAGUGCAUCAACACAUUUUUGAGAAACCAGCAAGUUUUUGUGUUGGAUCUUGGAUGUCAAUGAGGAAAGUGAUGGCUUAUAAUUGCAACUAUUACCUCGAAUGCCCAAUAACUGACAGAAUCAAUUUAAUUCUAUUCACAUCCGCUGCUUCAAAAAAUGUGUUUAUCGUUAGCAAGGACCAAUAAAUGUAGAACACAUCACAUGUUGUUCAUUGUUACAUCACCAUGUACGCAAAUAUUAAAAAAAAACAGGACACUCAACCCAAGCCAACUCAACAAGUUUUAUUAUAUCUCAAGAGGUCUGAAUAUUACUCAAAUUUAUGAUAUAUUGGUGAAUAUGACUCAAACUCAAACGUCAACCUGCAAAAGGAAAGGCCAGUUUGCAUGGCCUCGACGCUCGAAGGUCACGGAGAUCAUUACGUAAAACGUGUCAUGCAGUGGUGUACAGGUUGGGUGAGAACGGACGUACUAUCAAGCAGGUAAAAUAGCCGCAAGGCUUAGGAGGUGAGGGUGAGAAAAAAAUCGCACAAAAGGAGAGAAAAAAGGCGAAGGAAAAUUAGUCGAGGAAGCAUAAUCUCCGACACGGCAAAAACUGAUGUACAGUAUUUGUCACCAACUUCCUUCAUCGCAUUACCACUUCGCCAUCAUGGUUUGCUAUGGCGUCGUGGUGCUGUUGGGUGUUGUAUAUCGUUGAUGGCGGGGUCGACGAUGUUUCCAGGAUAUGGUGGAUACCAAACCGCAACGCCGCCGCCUUAAGUCCCGAAGUAUAACUCUGCUUAGAGCUGCGUGAAGGUGAGUGAGAAAAGGUGGUCGAAAACAAUCGAGUGACGAUCUCCGACACGGAAACAAUUGCAGUGCACUAUCUGUCAUCAAUUACAUUCCUCAUCGUGUAACCAGUUCGUAAUUAUGGUCAACUAUAGCGCCGUGCUGCUGCUGGGUGUUGUAUCGUUGUUGGCUGGGUCGAACACUGCUGUACCGACGUCUCCUGGAUAUGGCGGAUACCAAACCGCAGUGCCGCCACCUUACUACACAAUUUACGAGUUGGUUACUACUGCAACGACCAGUUGCGACCGAAGGCCCCCAAGUGCUACACCACUAAGGCACCGGAGUUUUAUACCAUGACUAACGCUGCCCCGAGCUACUACACCGACGCCCCGAAAUAUUAAUACCCUGCCGCGACUUUUCAGUCAGAUUUUCAGAGCCAAGCAAUGCAAUUUGCGAGUGCCAAGCAAAUGGCGGAUGUGAGGCCUGCAAUUUUGGGAACAUGCAGGCCAUUUGUUCACGUCACGGACUUGCCAUCGGAGCCCAAACAGUUUGGAUAACAAAGUUCUUUAUGCUCAUCACCUUCCCAAUGUCGUAUCCCAUCUCUUUGAUACUGGAUCGGAUACUGGGCGAAGAACUCGGCGCUUAUUACAACCGAGAAAGGCUAAAAGAAUUGAUCAAGGAUUUUCGCGUGUACCCAUCUACGACGUAGAACGGAAUAACAUUAUCGGAUUACUUUUUAUCAAAGAGCUCGCUCUGGUAGAUCCGCAGGAUGCCAUUCCAUUGAAAACGCUGUGCAGAUUUUACAAGAAUCAGUGCAAUUUCAUCUUCGAAGAUACCACACUCGACAUAAUGUUUAAAGAAUUCAAAGAAGGCCAUAAAGGCCACAUGGCAUUUGUUCAACGAGUCAACUGCCAAGGAGAUGGAGAUCCUUUUUACGAAACUGUUGGAUUGGUCACGCUUGAAGACAUUAUCGAAGAGUUAAUUCAAGCUGAAAUCGUCGACGAAACGGACGUGUGGAUGGACAACCGCAGCAAACGUCGACGAGAGAAAGGAAGACUAUUCCAGGAUCUCAGUGGCUUCGCCCUGCAGUACCACGAGCAAACUGCUCGCAAGAUCUCCCCGCAAUUGGCUCUAGCAGCGUUUCAAUUUCUUAGUUCAUCAAUUGAUCUCUUCAAGACCGAAUUGAUCUCAAACAACGUUCUCCGGCGAUUGAUGCAACAGAGUCAAAUCAUUCGCUUUAUCCGCGUUAACAAAGAAAAAUCAGAGUUUCACCCGGCAGAGACGCUCAUCUUUCAGCAGGGAAAACCAGCCGACUAUUUCGUGCUGAUCCUUGAAGGACGUGUGGAAGUGACAGUUGGGAAAGAAAAUUUAGUUUUUGAGAGUGGGCCAUUCAGUCAUUACGGUUCACAGGCCCUAACGUCCUACUCGUCGGCAAUGGAGUCGGCGUCUUCUACUCAACUUUCACGCAGCGUUCAAUCGGUGCGGAUGGCCGUCUCGCCCGACGGCGGAGUUGGCAGCGCAGCGCGUGGGCAAACGUUCGUCACCGACUACACGGUGCGUGCCAUCACUGACGUCGUCUAUUUCUGCCUCAGUCGGAUACUCUACCAAGCAGCUUGUAGUGCCACUGUACUCGAAAGAACGCAGCGCGGUGACGCAACCAAGCGGAUAUCAGACUGUGACAGCAAUUUGGAGCACGUCUUGAUCUUUUCCAACGGAGAAGAAGCAAUUGGUUCAGGGGAUCACACACUCAACGAAAAUUCUCCGCUCAUCACGCAAGGCGGAUACUGUACAGAUUAUUUGAUGUCCGACACUACUGCGAUCGCAUUAGACUCUCGCCAGGAAGAUUUAUUGAACGGUCCAUCAUUACCCGCCCUAUCCAGUUUCCUUAUUGGAGAAAACCCUGGAAAUUAGAUCAAUGAAAGGAUACAGGGAUUUGAAGAAUUAUUUCCGUCUCUGAGUUGAAUUUUUGAAGGGAAAAACUGAAAUGAACAAGAUCAUCUAAAAGAAUAAUAAUAUUAAUGAAGAAAUAUUAUUUUUUGUUAAUCAAAUGCAAGUGACAAGCUAUAGACACCGUACGAAAAUUCAGAAAUAACCAGAAAUAGAUGCCGUUAUUACAAUGUUAAUUCCCUCGCAAAUUUGCACAGUCACACAUUUCAAAGCAUUCAGUUUCUUUCUAUGCAUAAUAUAGUGAGAUCAAGUAUGUUUGUAUGUACUUAUGAUAUAAAUAUGUCUAAAGUUUUGCACGAUUCCUUUUUGCGAUAUGCAGUCCCUUUGUAACUAUAUUAAAAAAACAUUUAAACCUGUCGGUCUUCCGUCAAGAAAGUUGUCUAGCCUUUAGCUAGAUCUUAAUACAAACCUCAGUCUUACACACUCUGCUGAUUAUAAAAAAACCUCCAGAUAUGUUUACGACUUUACGGUAAAUUUUUAAUAUCACAAUCGAAAUUUGUAUUAUUUAAAAGCGUAGAUUCACAGUAGGUAAUUUUGACAGUAGUCUUUUUAUCUGUGGUUUGAAUGUGAUCCCAUUUCCCGCCAUUGCUUAAGUAAAAACAAAUGAAUAAUCGAUUUUCACUGGUUUUUUCUUUUCGUGCGUCGGCAGAAGCAGCUGUUUUAUUGUUUGCUCAUUCUCAUUUUAUCUUCUACAGCCAUCGGUACAGCCAUGUCCACCACGCGUCCGACUUCCGACAGCCAACCAAAUCUCAACAUGUCGAUUACUUCCAGUGCUACUACUACUACUACUACAAAAGGUAUCAUUGAUUGUGUUGAAAAAUGCACGUGUCACGCCACGCAAGGUUGGCAUGAAAUAUUUCGUCGUUUCACGACCUGUCAAAAUUCUGUAGACGGUGAGACGACGGCUCAUUCGUCGAGUGAAAACAUUCAAAGUGUCGAUCGCAAUUCAACUCGGGUGCCAUCGUUUCUGUUCCGCCAACAUCGCAGCAGUUCAAAUUCGUCUCCCCGUAACAUUCUAGACAGGUUGAUUCCAUCUCGUUCAGAAACGAAUAUGCAGCUGGCUCAGCAUCUUUUUUCGACCACGUCACAUCGUCCCGUCGGAGACGACUCUGAGCAACACUCCCGGCAAGUCACGCCAAUUCUCACAUUCGGCAAUAAAGUUGUGAGAGUGAAACCGAUGGCAUCUUUGUCUUGUGGUACGACUCCUAAAUCCAAAUUUGAAUUCCCCACUUUACCCCAUCGAGUUAUGUACGCCCGGGAACCGGGAAUCCAUUUCAGUAAAACCAAAAAUAAAAAAUUGCCUCACGAUGGCAAUUAAUGAAUGUGUGAAGAGAAACGAGAAAAUAUGACUAAACAUUUAAAGGUUUCUCAAGAAAAUAUGAAAUCAAUACGACGGCGCUGCCCUCUGAUAGCUGGCGGGAUACGACACAGUAGUAGUGUAGUAUGACGGAGCGGAAUAGUACUUGUGAGCUUCGGUGUAGUAACUUGCUGUGGUGUAGUACUCUGGCGCCUUUGUAGCGUAGUAUUUCUCAGUCUCGGUGUAGUAGCUGGGAGUGGUGUAGUAAGGGGUCGGCUGAGUGUAGUAGCUCGGAGUGGAAUAGUAUUUUGGAGCCUCGGUGUAGUACUCUGGCGCCGGAGUUGGGUAGUAGCUUUGAGGUUGAGUGUAGUAGUAUUCGCCGGCUUCAUUGGCUUUAUGCUCCAUCCUGCCCAUGUGACCUUUAGGCAUCAUACCACCCAAAACGCCAUUGGAUGCCCA